CUACAUAUCUACACAUCUACACAUCUACACAUCUACACACAUACCUCCUUCAAUACCUCCUACCAUCCAAGAUACCUACUAGGGACUUUACCUUGCCAGCCUACCCAAUGGAAAAUUGGAGAAUUUUAUCUUUUCAACUCGAACCUUUCUUCUCUCGAAUGAAAAAGUUACCCUUUACCAUUUGACGACCAUCGAUAUAGGCAACUGGUUUACUUGCCUACCUACCUACCGACUCACCUAAUAGAAGUCAAUGGUUUCAAUCAGAGAUACUUCAUAUCUUAUUAUAUCAAUCAUCAAUCUUCACUUCACUCACAUGACAUUUCUCUCUCAUCAACUUUGAGAUACCUAGUAUCAUAUUAUAUCAUAUUAUACACUCAAAAUAUUCACCCGUGUGAAACUCGAAAUCGAACUCCCUACCGACUUACCGACAACCUACCUACCUAUCUAUCUCCUCCUCCUCACAUCAAAUCAAAUCCACACAAAUUCACAAAUUCACGAAUUCACGAAUUCAACAAAUUCUCAUUCCUCGGAUCAUUUCCGAACCAAUAAGAUUUUUUUUUCUAUCAUUUUAAUCAACUCCCCCCCCCUCCCCCUUGAUUCACUUGUCACCGAUCUCCCGUCCCUUCCUAUAACCGGCCAAUACUUAAUAUUUACCAAAUUUUAAUUCCUUACUUCAGUUUUCAGCUUUCUUAGCUGUUAAAGCGUCUUUCUUCUUCACGGUGACGCAGCAACUUCUAGGUAGGCUAGCUGCCUGCCUUAGAAGAGCUGCAGUCACUUUACAACUUGAGGUUCUGGCGACGUGAAGAAGAUGGCAUUGAUAUUGCCCAAGGGCAUUGUGGUCAAUUCUCCUCAGAUUGGAAGCACCAUUGAGAGAAUCAAGAAUGAUCCUUUGGAUCUUGCAGACAUUGCCAGAUUUUGGAAAGUCUAUACCACAACAAAACGAAGACUUCUCGACCCUACAGCUGAGCGGUUAGAGAAUUAUUGGUGGCGAAUAUGGGGAAGUCGGAGUCGAGAGCUGGAUGCUUCAACUGUUGCUCGCCUUUUCGUCCAUAUCUCCGAGGGUGACACUUUUGUGCCACUCAGAGGACCACCCAAUCGCUAUGAAAAUGAGAAGCCAAUGAAUAGUGUAGCCUGUAUUGGAAAGACUGCCUCGACAACUUCCGUUGCUCGUGUUCGCAACGAUAGCCGAUCAAGUACAACGCUGAUAUCAAUCCCUCGGGCACCUGCUCCUAUGCCACCUCCAAUAUUAAAAAAGACUCGAGGUCCUUCUGCAAACGGUCCUCGACCGACUGCACGAUUCAUAUCCCCGCCAGUUUCAGAAGACGAGUCUGGUAGCACAACAAACACGAACAAGAACGUUGUACAAUCACCUUCGCCAAUUCUUGAGCAUACCGCUACUAUUGAGGAGAAGAUCGAGAAGGAGAAGAUUGAUAGAAAGUUAAUGCCUGCACCGGCAAGUAAGAAAUUUGUUGCUUCAGCUUCCAAGAAGAAGAGACCAAUUGUUGUCAGGCGACAAAGUUCGCAAACUUCACAGUCUUCGAACGAUAGCUCGGCGAGAGUUCCAGGCGGACAAGGACAACAGAAUAGAACUUUGGGGAGGCUGCCGACGUUAUCUGUACUGCCAGUCAGAAAUCAGAACGCGCAAGAGAACGUUACACCGCGGACUACAACCUCGCCUACCAAGCGGAAUCCCUCCAGAUCGGCCGCUCCAACUGUGGGUGGUUCGCGCAAACUUGCAAGCACUCGCGAGGAGAGUAUUGAGAUUGAGCCGACCCAGCCUGAGCCUUCCAACAACCUUCAGACACUAGCAGGCAAUCAGGUUUCAGUACCUCAAGUCAGUGAGGCUGACUUCAAGGUGCAAAGAAUGCUUCACGACAAUGUUAAAACAGCCAGCAUGUUACCACCUGAAACUUCAAGUCCAGAUUCUCCGGCGUCGACCACGUCUAAGGGUUCGAGCAAUGGCAAACCCCCUGGUUAUAGGAAAGCAAGUGGGAAAAAUCUCUUACAACACCAGUCUAAAGGCAUGGUCAGCUCGGCGCCAACAUUGACUGAUGCAACAGGUCACCUCGAUCUAGGAAAUGGUAACCAAAUCGCAGCAGUACCCGCGUCACCAGAGAGACCAAACAAAGGCAAGGCUCGAGCUCUUAUGAAAGAUCUCUUUACAAAGAAAUCAUUUUCACAAGCAGCUCCUCCUAGUCCUAUAUCAGGAAGCUUAGCAUCAAGUCCAUCGGGACCUUUGAGUAAAAGCAAGUCGCAACUUUCGCUCCUGCUCGAACGAGAUCAAGCGAGGAGUUUAGAACCUAGGACAUUACCGAAACAUGAGCGGAAACAGUCCAUGAAGUAA